AUGCCCCUCAAGAUCAUCAUCGUAGGAGCUGGCAUUGGUGGCUUAACUGCGGCAAUUGCUUUGAGAGAACAGGGUCAUGAAGUUACUGUUUUCGAACAAUCCCAAUUUGCCUCGGAAUAUGGUGCUGCGAUUCAUAUUCAACCGAAUGCGAAUGGAAUAUUGAAAAGAUUGGGUGUAUUCCUGGAGGAAAGCGGUGCAAAUUCUCUGAAUUGGAUGACAGAGUACACAUCAUCCGGUUCGUUGAACCGAACUAUGGAUCUAAUCGAGGAAGACAAGCAAUGGCAUCAUCCCUGGUUUCUAGCCCACCGCGUGCAACUUCACUCCCAUCUUAAAUCCAAAGCCCUCGCAUUAUCUCCCCCACACCCUCCCAUUACCCUCCUCACUUCCCACAAAGUAACCACUCUCGACCCCACUACAUCCACCGUGUAUUUCUCAAACGGUACAUCCUGCACCGGCGAUUUGAUCAUCGGCGCAGACGGCGUCCACAGCCUCACUCGCUCCUUUGUCCAAACCCCAGAAUGCAAAAUCUCCCCUUUCGCGUGUGGGAAAAGUGCCUAUCGUUUUCUUCUCUCCCGUUCCUCCGUUCUCUCUAACCCCAAAACCGCAAAAUUCAUGCAGAAAGAUGGGGAAUUGAUCAUGUGGUUUGGGACGGAUCGGCGCGUGAUAAUUUAUCCAACUUCUUCUAAUUCCUUACUUAACUUCGUUUGUUUACAUCCUAAUGCAUUGUCUGAAAAUACGGAUAAUGACGAAGGAUGGGGAAAGGGAGGUGAUAAGGAGAAUUUGUUGAAGAUUUAUGAGGGUUGGGAUGAAGAUAUGUUGGAACUAUUGAAAAUGGCUCCUGUGUCUGAUACCUCUGAUACAAAUGCAACCGGCUCCCUCAAAGUCUGGCGUCUUCUUGACAUGCAUCCACUCCCCACUUUUACAAAGGAAAAUCUUGUAUUGCUAGGCGACGCAGCACAUCCAUAUCUGCCUCAUCAAGGUCAAGGGGCCGGCAGUGCUAUUGAGGAUGCUGCUGCUUUAGCAGUGGUUCUCCCGGGCGAUGUGGGAAAAGAAGAUAUUCAAGAACGGUUGAAAUUAUACGAGGAAAUCAGAAUGGGGAGAGCUCAUCGGAUUCAGGAAUUUUCGAGGGUUUUGGGGAGAGAUCCUGUGGAGGGAGAUGAUGUGAUCAUUGAUAUUCGCCAAUUCGUGAACCACAACUUGCAGCAUGACGAAUGGGAUAAUUCGACCCAUCAACUCCGAAAAUGGAUGUGGAAACGCAAUCCCCAUCUUUCUGCUUACUAUCUAAGACCCGCUAGUUUCGGACCGCUCCCCUCUCCCGGACUUCCCCAUCAAUAUACAACCAAACAGACCUCAUCCGGAUCUAGAACCCCGCCAAUUUCAAAUCCCCACCUCAAUUCAACCCUCUCAAAAACCACAGCAACACUAACCUUUAGCACCUCACGCACCCUUCUCCAAAACUUCUUCCCCAUCGAUUCCAACAACUUUCGCAUUAUCCACCCCGGAUGUAUUUCCACCGCUUCCUGGCGCUUGACUCGCUGGGUAUUCAACACCCCCGAAACAUCCAAAGACGAAAACGUAGACCUCUCUCCAGAAACAUACGAAGAAUUAUGGUUUUGCAUCGAAGAUGUGGAGUACACCACCGACGAAGGAAAAACCCUGCAAGGCACAUUCGUACCUAUGGUUUUCGAAACCACUUCUCUGUAUAGAUCUUCUACGCAAAUUAUCAAGAGUGAUCAUGAGGACGAACAAGAUAGGGAGAUAGGUUUCCACGAUUUCUGCGUUUUUAGUCGCGAGACGGGCCAGUGGAUUGGGAUUCUUUUGCUGGAUAAUCUGGUGGGAGUGUCAAGGGAAGAGAAGGAUGGGAAUCGAAGUCCAGAUCGAAAUCUAGAGAAAGAAGAAAAAGGUUUCCUAUCCUGGAGAUACGAAGAAAACGGUUCUCCCACCACAAAUAUCAAACUCGACCCUAUAACUCCAACUCCAACUCCAAUUCCAGCUCUCCCCCAAGGAAAAAUUCACUACACACCCUCCCCCGCUCCUCCCUCUUCAUCAUACACCUACACCUCCUUGGUAGCUUCCACACCCCCAACCUCAUCUUUCACAUUCAAUCAUCAAGAAAACAAACAUAAAAAUACCGACAAUCCCCCGCACGAAAUUAAAAAGUUCGACUCGAGUCCGGAACUUGCACCUCGUCGUUUACAUUAUGAUGAGGAAGAGAAAGAUGAUGGUGAAGAAAAGGAGAACGAGACCGUGAGAAGAGAAAUCAUAUCGACUAUGCUUGACAGAUUAAAGGAAGUAUCUAGUUACAAAAUUCUAGACGUGAGGAUGGAGACUGUAGAGAUGGGGAUUUGA